AUGACUCCUACUGCCGCGCCUGCUAUUACUGCCGGCCUGGUGCCAGUGGUGGGUGCAGCAGGUGGCGAUGGUGCUGAUGAUGGUGGUGGUGGUAGUGGUGGUGCUGGUGCAUAUGGGUAUGAUGAUGAUGGUGGUGGUGGUGGUGGUGCUGUUACAUCCGAUGGUGGUGGUGUUAUGGGAUAUGAGUAUGUUACUGGUGGUGGUGCUGUUACAUCCGAUGGUGGUGGUGUUAUGGGAUAUGAGUAUGUUACUGGUGGUGGUGCUGUUACAUCCGAUGGUGGUGGUGUUAUGGGAUAUGAGUAUGUUACUGGUGGUGGUGGUGCUGCUGCUGCUGUUGACGAUGCAAGGCGCGGCGGAACGCCCUUAACACAGCCCACAGGCGCUACAGCAUCAGCACACUCACCUGCAGCAGAGGUUGUCCGGGCACAGCUGGUCCGGUGCACAUGUGAUCACUUGCGCCCGGCAGUGCAGCGGCAGGCGCGCAGCGAGCACGAGCAGGACGAGGAGGAGGAGGAGAGGGAAGGGGGCGGGGAGGCGCGCGAGGGCGAGAGGCAGAGAGCGGUGCGCGCGAUUAAAGGCCGUUGCAGCCAUGGCGGUGCGAUUGAAAGAUGA